UUGGCUAGACAUCAUGUCUCUGACAUUGAACUAAGUCCUUUCUUUUUCAUCACGUAUGUGAAAGCCAUAACGAUGGGCAACGCGCCUUGUUCUAAGCGCGAACAAGUGGAAGUAACUCCUGAAGUUUUAGUCUGUAAAUUGAAAAGAGCCGCUUACAAAGGCUCAAAGAAGGAUCUUCGUGAAUUGUUGAAAGCUGGCGCUCCUAUCGAUGGUUGCCACCGAUUUGGGAAAACAGCUCUUCACGAGGCGGUCAGACAUGGGCAGUUUAGAUGUGUUGAGAUCUUACUGACUUAUAGAGCAAAUGUAAAUAUAGCGACCUAUGACGGGCUAACUCCUUUACAUGAAGCAGCAGAACAAGGAUUUGUGGACUGUUUGAUUGCGCUUAUAAACCAUGGCGCGGACGUGAACGCCGCAACGAGAAGUCAAUGGACUGCUUUACAUUACGCGGCGAGAAAUGGACACAAAGACUGCUUAGAAGUGCUCUUACAACAUGGGGCUAAUGUAAAUGCCACCGCAAAUGGUGGUUGGAGGCCUCUACACACGGCAGUACGCCAUGGACAUACAAUGUGUGUGGAGCUUCUACUACUUUAUAACGCAGAAGUUGAUCCUCCUUUAGUACCAUCUUGGAGGGUAAGUGAGCUGGAAGUUUACGACUACGCACGUUUUUAUGCGUCUUAUCGUAUUUAUUGAACAACCGUGAUUUAUUUCUUGUAGUGGAAAGUUUUCUUGCAGCGCAUUUCAUUUGCAUGCGUCUCUCAUGUUUAUUAGCUCGCCGUAAUUUUUUUUGUGUUCGAACUUCGCAGCUGGGGGGAGCGAGAGGCCAUGAAAGCUCUAAAUUUGAAAACGCGAACAUGUUUCUCGGCGAUGUCCGCCUGGUUUUACGGAUCGCUAAAUGAUCAUUACAGGGGGAGUUUUUAUAUUGCCCCAUUGAUCUUGAAGGGAAAAACUCUUGCAUCCCACUGUUUGAACUGACAAACCAGCGACCAUAUGACAGGCCCUAGCUGUUCCGUGAUUAAGCUAUGAACUCGUACGUAAUCAAGUAACCCUAUAAUUUUAAUUGCAGUUACAGAACUUCUGUUGAUGUUUUAAAAAGGUCGUUCACUCCGCAGGAGUCGUAAAAAUGUACAGGUAUUUGAUGGCCUCGGCAAGCAAAAAACACGAGAAAAGAUAUUUUUCUGUUUCAGAAAAACAUCUUACAAAAUUGGCCUUCUAUUGCGAGCGUAAUUAAUUUUUUUCAUUGAAUGGUUUAGCGUUUCCUUUGGCCCGUGUUGAAAUUUAUGCCCUUCCCAAAUAGGGAAUACUUCUUUGUUUUUAAGAAGCUGUUGGAUUUUCACUUAUCCGUAUUCUGAGUCUAGAAGUCUUAAAGACACCUAUCCUGUCUCCGCAAAGUCUAACUGUAUUGGGGUUUAUUGUAUUUUGUGACAGGUUGUACUAAAUAUAAUCCGUCAUUCCUGCGUCCUGUGAAACACUUUUAAUAGGCUUUGGAUUAUUUUCUCUCGACUCAUUCACGUCGGAGAAUUUAUGGAUCUGCGUUUAUACUGAGGGGAAAUCUUGUGGGAUAAUCAAGGUUUUCGAUUAAAUUCAUUUUGUCUGGCAAAGACCUGUAUUCGCGCGCUCUUUCAGAGACGGCGGCUGUCUGUGUCUUAUACUCGCAAUUUAUGCUUUUUCCUGCAGUAUUUGGCACUUUCUGUCAUAUUUUUUGAUUAAUGGCCACGGGCCAAUUGUAUUCUGUUGAAUGUCGAGCGCCUUUGGACGCAUAACAUAUGCUUCUGAUUUGGAGCGCAGAAAUGGAAGUUUGAAAUAAGCUUAUAUACAUGCAUGUUGUUUUCCGGCACAUGAGAUCGAGAUUCGAAGUUCCAAUUGUGUUGGUUUUAUUCUAUGAAGUGCCUAAGAAUGCUCUGUAAAGGUGUGGUUUUAUAUUACUUCUAAUCAUUCGCGCUUCUAGGGAAUGUAGUCAUGACAAGUGCACUCAAGUGCCCAGAUUUGCCGUUUUCGUCCGACGAUAUUUUCUAUUCGCACCACCCAGGUAUAAAUUACAUAAAGGUCUUGUUUCUUCUCACGCGCACGAUGGAGCAGAAAUUGAUCAAGGUAAAAAGAAAAGAUUCGAACUUUUCGCAUGCAUCACGAGAGAACUGAAAGAUUGUUAUCUCUCAUGAGAUAAUAAAUUUCACUGCCAUGGGAUAUCACUCUUAUCUCAAAGAGCGUGCAAAUUAUCCAAAAAAUGUAGCCCCCCAGACUGUUGCCUGACCUGGCUAUGUGGCUCUUCUAUAUUACUCAUAACUCAUGUGCUAGCUCAUAUUUAGCAAGAAGGUGUUAAGUUAUUUCGGAUUGAAAGGUAAUCAAGAUCGGAAAAAUCCAGUGUAAGGUUUCUGCCCUGAGGACUUGAAGAAAUAUGCAUGCCUGCUACAAAGCAAUCACUUUUUAAGAUUUUAAUAUUUCAGGGUGCUUAGGAGCUUUCAUUAAGUUCUUAUCUUGAGGCUGAUAUUGCUUCUGGGCUGUAACCAAACUCGUUCAAGAUUGGCUUGUUUUGAAUGCAUCUUUCUUGUUUAAGAAUUUUCACGGUAUUUAAAUGUCACCAUGUGCCACAAUAAAUGAAUUCAGUCAUUCCUAGGUGUUUUUUUCUUUCCCUUAAACCAACUGUCAUUUUCUAGGGGAAACACCACCAAUUAAUUCAAGACAUUGGUUUAUGUUUUUGCAUCAGUUCGCCAAGACUUCAUGAUAUUUUUACUGUUCAAGGACUUGUAAUCUUCCUUCUGAUGAAGUUAACCUGCUAAAACUUCCCUGUGGUGAUAACAGUACCCCUAUUCGUUUAACACAAUGAGUUAAUUGCCGCAAACAUCCUGUCGUGCUAAGAAAUUAAAUUUGUUUAGAAGUAGGCUUGGCAGUAGUCAAUCGUCAUGGAGAUGUGCUCACCACAGCAGCUUGGUACUGCUGACAUACAGUAAAAGAACAGGGUGAGGGGGGAUGGGGGUAAUGAAACAUGCAUGUUUAGUUUUCUAGGACACUCUUAUUUCUACUAGGAAGUAAAAAAUAGCAAAAAUUGUUUGCUUUUCUGGUAAAGAAUAACAUGUUUUGACUGGGUGAGUUUGCCAGUCUUGGAUAAAAUGUACAGUGCUUGAAUAAAGCUUUUCAGAGACACAAUAAUGUUGUUAUUGGCACACUAACACAAAACCUACUUGAUAGUCAUUGUAGUUGGAAAUGGUACUAUGAACAAAAAAAUUAAUUUUUUUCAUUAAGAUCACCUGGCAGAGUUUUGCAAACAGGCUGUGAUUGUUUCCCUGGAUUAUUGUGGUUUCUUAGUGCAAAGUUUACACCAUCAUUCUAAAAACUACAGAAGGUUACAUUUCAUCUAAAUGCUUAUGGAAACUGUGUUUCAAGUCUUUAGAACGACUCUAAGAAUUUGCAUAGAAAUGUAAUCAGCACAAAGUUCUGUAGUCUGUUUUGUAUCAGUCUCACAAACACUGGUCAUUAAGGACUCUUAUCAGUGUCCUUGUUUUUCACUGAAGAUUGAAGUAGAAUGGAAAAAAUAAGACUCUCUGUUCCAUUGUUUUGCCAGAUUCUGACCAUUUUUGGUAGCAAAGUGAACCAGCCGUGUUUUGGUAAAAAGUUUUUUAGGGGUACUGUUUUUUUUGGUUUUUCGUGAAAGAUUGAAAACAAACUAACGCAUUGUAAACCUUUAAGGAACAGUUUGUUAUCUGAAAAUUUGACAGACUUUUUUAAUCAAAGGAGCCUGGCAGUGAUAAAAGUUACUGCAAUACAAGUAGUACAAAAACAGUUUCAGGUGAUGCCAUAUCUCCCCAUUUUAUUCAAGCAGGUCUUUUGUCGUCAAUAUUGUUAUUAGUCCUACAUGGAUUUACCUUUCCUACAGUUUUCGUGUUUCAAACUGGUGUUAUUUUUAGCUGAAUUUGUGAACUUUAUGACCACAGUUGUUACCAAGGUUUCAAGUUGCUGGGUAAAUACAACAGGUAGGCAGGGAAUCAAACAGCUAGGGAUUUCUUUUGGUUCUAUUUUUCUUUUAUUUUCCAAUAACAGUAGCCAGGGAAGACACUCAUAGUAGCCGCGGGAAAUCCCUGGCCCCUGGCUUCCAGUGACAGCCCUGUUUAUGACUGAGCUUUAGUGUCUCCCAGCAUGUCACUUCAAAGUUUAUUACUUUCUGUGUAAUUUUUUACAGCCUCAUAAUACUUGUAAAAUUCCUAAUGGUGCUUCAUGUAUUCCAGUGGAAUUCUUUUAUUUACUUGUUUGGUAUUUUCCUAGCAUUUCUUUGUUAGGACAAAAUUAAAGAGUUUUAGAUUGCCCCAGAGCAUCAACAAUUGAAAGUACUCUGCAUUUGAAAUAAGCAAAAAAAAAUAGUGGUCUGAUAUGAAUAUAAAUAUAUGUAUAAGUUUUGCAAAAAUGCCUUUAAAAAAUAGUGGUCUGAUAUAAAUAUAAAUAGAUGUAUAAGUUUUGCUAAAAAUGCCUUGUUUCAGGAGAAUGAUUAUGAGUACCACUGUCGGGACCAUUUAACUUUGUGGUUACCACAACAAUGGGAUUAGUUCAAGUGUUUGUUCGUCAACGCCCACAUAGAAACACAUGUAGUGCAGUAUAGCAAGAACUUUACUUCACUGCUCCACUGCAUUUUCCUGUUAGAAAGAAAGCUAUUUUCAAAAAGCAGUGGGGUUUGGUUUUGAGUGAGCACUUUUAUUAGAGGAAGUUGACGUUAUGUGAAAUAAUAAAUUAUUGCAUGCAUGUAUGUUGUGUGAAUAUGUCUAAUAAUUAAAGCUGCAUAUGAUAGCUGUGCAAAAAUCUUAUUACAGAGCUUUUCCCUGUUCAGUAACAGGUAAUGUUUUUUGUAUUAUGUGUUACAAGAAUUAAAUUAUUUCAAGAAAUAUACCAAAUUUCCUGUUUUGUUAGAUUUUAUAAACCAAAUAGUGCCACACGAAAUUUCAUUCUGUAGUUACAUUAAAAUGGUGACAUCACAGGAUUUUGUUUGCUAUUAAAUAAACAAUUUAGUUGUAAGGGAAUGAAAACAGUUAUAUAAUGGCUUGCUUGAAUACAUUAUAACUACAUUAAGGAAAGUGUUUGGCAGUGGAUUCCAAAAUAGUGUUUUCAGACUGCGUUCUUUUAGAUAAUAGUUUACAUGGUAGAAACUGUGUUGGUUAGUUAUUUUUUGAGCUUAUGAUUUAAUUCCAAAUUUGAGUGGAUUACCUUUUCCUGAGGCUAGUGUUAUUUUGUUUAUUCAAUAAAGCUUAUCAUUUGUUGGUUGCGUGAAAUAAUUCAGAUAUGGGAAAAAACGUUUUAAGCUGUUUCUCUAAAUUUAUCAAAUCUUUUUAGGUCAUUAAGAUAAAACAAUUAUUUCUGACACAGUUCCCAGACUGGUUGCCCAUGUGUAGCUUUAAUUCCAAGCAUUUUUGGUAUCUUAGGGUAAAACUAAUCAUAAAGUACAGUUCACCAUUUUUGCUUUUGCUGUGCCCUUUAUACUGUGAUGUUGGAUACUGGAAUUGCCAAAUUUCAACCUCAUCUCUUCCUUUUCCAAUCAGGUCCUAGGAAUUUAUCAAAUGAGGUCUAUAGAUCCCAAAUUAUACCAAAUGUUGUCCUGAACCAGGUGUUUAGUCAGUACAAGAAUGAGUUUAUCUCAUAAUCAAGAGAAAAUGUUCACCUAGGGGAAAAUGCUUUGAUCUUUUAUCAAAUUCUCGAAACUUAUUGUUUAUGGUAAUAUAUGAGGAUCAGUCAGGAGAAUUUGCAUGUGGUUAUGGAUAUAAAAGAUCAAAGCAUUUUCCCUCAGGAUGCUAAACAUUUAUUAAUUCUCACAAACUUUUCUCUUGAUUAUGCAUUGAUGUAUUUGUUAGGAGAAAAUUGAUGUUGGUCACUCUUGUGACCAAGAGGGUUAAUGUGUACGAAAACAAUACUGCAGUAGCCCGGGUACAUUUUGAAUAUGAUCCUAAAGGUAAAAUGGAUAUGGCUUUCAUUUAUAGCCAAGAUGCUAACACUAAUUUUAUUGAGAGCCCUUAUUUUUGCAAAUUUUAGAUGGAUCAUCACUAAUUUGUGUUGAUGUUGGGAAUAACAACUGUUUUAUUCACAAACACAUAUAGACUGGAUAUUAAUGCACAAAGCUGUACAUUUGAAGUUUAAAUUGCAGUGUGCUUUGUAUGUAGUUAUUUAAAGUAAAUUAACUUUUGUUAAGUUCAAGUUUUGUUCUGACAACUGAAACAAUAAAAUUAAUCAGCAAAUCUGUUUGAAGAAAAAACCGAUGAGGUGGGGAGACCCUAGGUGGUAAAUACCAACAUCUGUGUGAGGGGAGGGUUUAUAAAGGAUUUAGAUGAUCAGGGAGCAGGGUUGCUUACCCAGUGGAGUGUACUUAUUGGAGGAUUUACAUUUAAUCCUUGUAACGCCCAUUUUUCAUAAAAUCCCUUCUCUAUUUAAUCAGUACCAGAUCAAGGCUCCAGUUGAGUACAAAGUGUGUAUUAAAUUCCUACUUAAAUAGCAAGCUUUCGUUUUCUUGAUUUACAGUGCAAAUCUCUGUUUUGAAACCUAUGAUUUACUGCCAGGUUCUUUAUUAUUAAGAAUGCAACAUGAAUGAGAUCAAACCAUUUAAAUGAAACCUCUAUAGUAAAACAAUCAUAUGGUGCUAUUUUUUAAUAUAUGAAAUUUCACAUAUUUUGUUGACGUGUGAUUUUUACCUUUCUUACAAUAAAUUGCAAUGUUUAAUCUUUAGUUUGUUUUUCAAAUAACUGUUUUUAGAUUCUCCAAGUUCCUCUUCACCAUGCUGCAGAAUAUGGUCAUCUGGCCUGCUUAGAAGCUCUUUUGAGACAAGGUGCUGAUGUUAAUUCUAAGACAGCAGAAGGAUGGACAGCUCUGCACUCAGCAGCAUUGUAUGGAAGGACGUCUUGUGUGGAAGCUCUAAUCAGGUGCUUAUUGGGACCUUAUUUGCACCUUUUUUAAUAAGUAGAUUGUUGUAUUUAAUUUAUUUCUUACAUAUACCUUAAUAUCCAAGAAACCUGUUUAUUCUGAGUUUACAGUGAGAUCUUCUACUGAGUCAGGCUCAGCUCUAGUGACAUUUUGGCAUACAGUGUAUCUAAGCUGGACCUAAAUUUUGAGCUUACGGAGAAACCUCUGUGGUGUGCCCAUGUCAGUGAAAUCUUGUCAGUUGUUCUACCACAGGGGUAAAUUUGUAUUUAACAUUUUUCAAAGGAGUUAUUAAUUUUUCUAUUAUUAUUAUUAGUAGUAGUAGUAGUAGUAGCAGUAGCAGUAGCAGUAGCAGUAGCAGUAGCAGUAGCAGUAGCAGUAGCAGUAGCAGUAGCAGUAGCAGUAGCAGUAGCAGUAGCAGUAGCAGUAGCAGUAGCAGUAGCAGUAGCAGUAGCAGUAGCAGUAGUAGCAGCAGUAGCAGCAGUAGCAGCAGUAGUAGCAGUAGUAGCAGUAGUAGCAGUAGCAGUAGCAGUAGUAGUAUUGAAGAGGUGCUCCAAGAAAACAACAAGUGAAUUGAUAACUUUCUGGACUCUCCUAUAAGGCCCUGUCCAUACAAAUGCAUUUUCAAUAGCAUGCAUUUUUGUUGUCAUGGAAGACACAUCAAUUGAAUCUUGUCUACACGACUGAUCUGAUGCGUUUUCGACUAUGCACUCAAAAACAUUUGAAAGUGAUAGAAUUGUAUGUUGUGAUGCAAGUUGAACGUGAUGUGCAUGCUACAAUCACAUGCCCUUGUAAUAUUUUCGGUCAUCAUUUUCAUUUUGAUGCAUUUUCAACUGUCCACACAAAUUCGAUACAUAUGUGUUCUUGUUUUGAUCCACCUUCAAGAGCGUUUUCAAAUUGAUGAUUUAUCCAGGAAAGCGCUUAGCAUAUUAGCGUGAAUGGAAGGCCUCAAGAUGUACGCCUUUUCAAACAAAAACUCAUUAUUGUGGACAAGGCCUGAAUAACCAGCCUUUACUUCUGCUGGUAAAAGAAUGAAAAUUAAACUUGGCAAGAGCAAAAGUUAUAAUGGGCCUUCAAAAGUUUUUCACUCACAAAACCCCUUCAAUUUCAGUUGGCACAGUGUGGAGCACAUUACAAAAGGAUUAAAUUGUAUGAUAAUAUAUAUGUGUAUAACAAUUUCCUUUUUUGAAAGUUUACUGGUCAGAGUUUUUAGAAGUGUCCAUCACACAAGCUGAACACCUAGCAAAAUUGUGUAGUGAUAAGCCAAGCUUUACAAAGAAAUGUGUUGACAUUACGAAAAAGUUACAUGAGAGUUGCAUUAAGAACCGCAAAAAUUCUACUCUCCCGAAAGGGCAAGGUUAUAAUCUAUCUUUACCACCUUGUACAUGCUGGAAUGCAGACAUGUAAGCUUCUUAUCUAUAUUGUUACAACUUCUGUGGUCAUGCAACCAUUGUACAGAAAUCACUUAUUUUGCUUUGCUAGCCCUUUUCUGUUUGCUUGUGAACUCCCAUACUCAUCUUCUCAAUAAUUUUUCUUGACUUAAAAGGGAAUAUUAAUCAGAUUGAAAAUUUAGGUUUUGUAUUGUUAGUUUAUCUUGACUUGUUCACCAUUUACUUCUACGCCAAAUUGGCAUUAUAAACAAUGAGAAGCUCUUUAAUGUGUUGCUUCUGAAAGCACUUGAAACUCUCGAGUUGGUGAAUCAUGCUCACUGAUAUGACCAAUUGUAUGAAAGUUACUACUGAGCAGUACUUUUCUUGGGUACUGUUUACUGCAGUUAUCUUUUGAGUUGACAGUGUAUGAAAUUGGAAAGAGUUGGGAUUUAGAUGAAAGCUACUGUGCUGUAAUUUCCUGUGGUACUGUUUAUUAUGCUGUACAAAAUGGUUCUUAUUUUUGAAUCCAUAAUUUUUAGAGACUGACAAUUCAAGUGAAGGUGUACUUUCUUGUGGUACUGUUUAUCAUGCUAUACAAUGUGGUUCUUACAAUGUAUUUUUGAAUCCAUAAAUUUUAGAGUGACAUUUCACGCUAAGGUGUACUUCCCAGUGGUACUGAUUAUUAUUUUGUACAAGGCAGUAUUCCAAGGUUCAAAAAGGAGUGGAUAUAAGUAACGGUCAAAUGUAUUUUUCAGAUUUAUUCAGUGGCUGACUUAACCCUUUAAGCCCCAAUAUCCACAAAUUCUCCAAACUGAUCUCUAUACAUUUCCUUACAGAAUUAGUUGGGAGAAAUUGUUAAAAGAUCAGAGAUUUUUCUCUUUUUGAUUGCUUGAUUAAUUCUCAUAGAUGUUGCACUUGACAAUCUGUGGAUAUUGUUAGGAGAAAAUUGAUGUUGAUCACUAUUGGGUUUUAAACGGUUAAUUCUUGUAUUUUGCAGAUAUGGUGGUGAUGUGGAUGCUAAAACAGUGUGUGUAACCCAAGGGACGUCUUAUAAUGAUACACCAUUACAUUUAGCAGCAAGACAUAGUCAUACAAUGUGCAUCAAAAGACUUAUUCAAGCUAAUGCCAAUUUAUGGACUCAAAAUUGCCUUGGAUUAACAGCGGAAAGAUUUGUGACUGAUUCAAGACUUCGAGACUGGAUGGAAAAUAUCCAGCGAAGGCCAAGAACACUUCAACUACAGUGUUCUGCGGCAAUCAGGAACUACCUGAAACCAGACAAAACAAAGAAUGCCAUGAAACUUCCUCUGCCAAUGCAUCUUUUGAGACAAGUACUUUUUGAACAAGAUAUCAAAAUAGUAUAG